AUGACUAAUCCCCGGACAGUUCACUAUGCUACUGUGUUGCGCAUCCUUCGUUAUGUCAAAGGAACACUCCUACACGGUCUUCAUUUUUCUGUUGUCACUCCAUUGGUUCUUGCAGGUUUCUCUGAUGCUGAUUGGGCAGGUGAUCCGACUGAUCGUCGCUCUAUCACAGGUUAUUGUUUUUUUCUUGGAAGUUCCCUUGUUUCUUGGCGCAUCAAGAAACAAACUCUUGUUUCUCGCUCCAGUGCAGAGUCUGAGUAUCAUGCUCUUGCGGAUUCAACUUCAGAGCUCCUUUGGCUUCGUCGGCUUCUUUCUGAUCUCGGGGUUCCUCAGCCUUCUUCCACUUCCUUCCAUUGUGACAGCACGAGCGCAAUUCAGAUAUCUCGUAAUGAUGUCUUUCACGAGCGCACCAAGCAUAUUGAGAUUGAUUGUCACUUUGUUUGUCAGCGUGUUCGUGCAGGCACUGUUCAUCUAUCUUCUGUUUCUUCCGAGGAUCAGACUGCGGAUAUCUUCGCUAAGUCUUUCUUCCUAGGCCGGUUCUUUACAUUAUUGAGCAAAGUCAAGUUGGUUUCUACUUUACCACCUUGA